AUGGCAGCUCAAAGUUCACAGUUUCAAGAGGAGACUAGAAGUAAUCUGAGAAACACUGGUGCUUCAAUAAAAAUUCUGGAAGUGAAAAUGAGUCAAAUUGCUCAACAACUCACGGGUUCGCAAACACCAGGUGCAUUACCGAGUGCUACAAUUACAAAUCCAAGAGAGCAUAAAAAUGUGAGUGCGGUAACCACAAGGAGUGGUAAGGCAAAAGAAGUCCCUGUAAAAGAUUGUGAAAAAGAAGACCAAUUGCUUGAAGUUGAUUUGGAGAUAAAAGAAAAUGAGGUUUUUAGUGAAGAGGUAACGGUACCUAAACCAGUGGUUAAAGAAAAAGUUAGUGAAUCAAAGUCGGUUGUCAAACUCCCUUUCCCCACAAGAAAUAAGAAGAAAGAGCAACAUGAGAAGAACUUCGAGAAAUUCUUGGAGUUGUUCAAAAAGCUUGAGAUUAACAUUCCGUUCUUGGAGGCACUUGAGAAAAUGCCCUCUUAUGCUAAAUUCAUGAAGGAUAUUAUUUCAAAAAGGAGGAGCACCGACACUAACUCUAUUGUACUAACAGAAACUUGUAGUGCUAUUUUGCAGGGUAUGAAGAUUCCGGUAAAGAAAAAAGAUCGAGGCUCAGUAACUAUCCCUUGCAUUAUCGGGGAUAAAUCUUUCAAAAAGGCCCUUAUCGACUUGGGGGCAAGUGUGAGUCUCAUGCCGUUAUCCAUCUACAAGAGGUUGGGGAUUGGAAAAGUACAAGAUACUAGAAUGACACUUCAAUUUGCUGACCACUCCGUGAAGAGACCUUAUGGAGUGGUUGAAUAUGUUCUUGUGAAGAUUGAUAAGUUUGUGUUUCUGGUAGACUUUGUGAUCUUAGAAAUGCCGGAAUAUGAAGAGAUACCGCUCAUUCUUGGUAGACCAUUUUUGGAGACCGGGAGGUGUUUAAUAGAUAUAGAAGAAGGCACCAUGACUCUAAAAGUUUAUGACGAAGAGUUAAAAAUUGAUGUGCGUAACACCAUGAAAUACUAA